CUUUUUUAUUUUGCUGGGAACUCCUGUUGUCUGUGAGAAGCUUGAGCGAAGUUGCAGAAGUCCAGAAAUGGAUGGGAGAUCACUUUUUAAAUGACUUUCAUGGAUACGCCCAAGCACUUUUGCAUGUUAUAAGGAUAGUAAACGAGUUAUACGUUUAUUUACUUCGUCGAACUCUUAUGAAGGCUUCGGCUGUUCAAGAAUACUUAAAACGGACAGAGAAAGACCUUUGUCAUAGCGGCAAGGCUUCAUUAACUCGAGAUAGACCAUAGUCAUAGUAUAGUAAUAGGCAUAUAACUAAUCAAUUAAUAAACAUGCCUAUGGAUGGCUGUUGCCUCUCUGAAGAUGCUAAGGAGCAAAAACGAAUAAAUGACGAAAUAGAACGUCAGCUUAGAAAAGAUAAACGUGAUGCAAGACGUGAACUAAAGCUACUUUUGCUUGGGACUGGGGAAUCUGGAAAAAGUACCUUUAUCAAACAGAUGAGAAUUAUCCAUGGUCAAGGAUAUACCGAAGAUGAUAGAAAAGGAUAUACCAAGCUUGUUUUUCAAAAUAUAUUUCAAGCCAUUCAAGCACUAUGUAGGGCUAUGAAAACUCUAAACAUUGAUUAUGAAAACCCUUCAGCAAAUGAGGAGAAUGCUAAACUGGUAUUGAGUGUAGAUCAUGAACAAGUUUCAGUGUUAGAACUGCAUUGUACGAAAGCUAUAGGUGUCCUCUGGAAAGAUAAUGGUAUACAAGAAGCAUAUGAUCGUAGGAGGGAAUUUCAAUUAUCUGAUUCAGCAAGAUAUUAUUUAAGUGACUUGGAGAGGAUAUCAGCACCAAGUUAUGUUCCAAAUGAGCAAGAUGUACUACGUGCAAGGGCACCCACCACUGGAAUUAUUGAAUAUCCAUUUGACUUGGAUACAAUUAUUUUUAGGAUGGUAGAUGUGGGUGGACAACGUUCUGAAAGGAGAAAAUGGAUUCACUGCUUUGAAAAUGUUACGUCAAUUAUGUUUUUGGUUGCACUUAGUGAAUAUGACCAAGUUUUGUUUGAAUCAGAAAAUGAGAAUCGAAUGGAAGAGAGUAAAGCCUUAUUCAAGACCAUAAUAACUUAUCCAUGGUUUCAACAAUCUUCUAUCAUCUUAUUUCUUAAUAAAACAGAUUUAUUGAAAGAAAAAAUACAAAAGUCAGACUUAGUUACAUAUUUCCCAGAUUAUGAUGGUCCUAGUCAAGAUGCCAAAUCUGCUCAGGAUUUUAUUUUGAAGAUGUUUGUUGAUCUGAAUCCCGAUACUGAAAAAAUAAUUUAUUCACAUUUUACUUGCGCAACAGACACAGAAAACAUUCGAUUCGUGUUUGCAGCUGUGAAAGACACUAUUUUACAGUUGAACCUGAAAGAGUAUAAUUUAGUGUAAAAGAAAUUUAAAAAAAAUACACAAUUCCAUAUUUGUGGAUAGUUUCCGGUGAUACUGGAACGCUUCAUUCAUAUCAUCUAUGAAGAUUUUUUUUUUGAAGAAGAUGAAUUUUUCCGAUGAAAAGAAAGACAAAUAUUCGAAGAACACUAAUUUGAAGAUUAUAAAAAGGUUUCGUAGUAUAUUCGCUUGCAGCCUGAAUGCACUACGUUAGAAAUUAUGAAGUAACAACCGGAGGUUUCUGUGGAUGGACAUGAUGUAAAAAUCUGUUCGAAGUGAUGUUGUUUUUUGGGAUGAGAUUUUAUGGGUGUACCACUCAUAUUUUAUGCACGUGUGACGUAAAAGACCUGUGACCACCAAAUAUCAGGUUUUUUGAUCACUUUCCCAGUGUCUUAUAAAUAAGUCUUUCUCACCCAAGUAAGAAUACUCAAAAGUGUCCAUUGCUAUACAAAGAAGUUUGUCUCCUCCGCAGGUGCAAAAUGUGUAUGGUGAUUGUAGUAAUAUGUAUUAUCUAUCAAAAGCAAUGUUCGUUUUUAGUAGGCGAAAAAUAUGUGAAUAUAUUAUGCUGAAAAAUUGUAUGUCCUCUCGAUUUACUUAGGAUAUAGUUAAAUUUAAUGAUCCCGCAUAUUUUUUUAGUUUUUAUUCUCAACUCAGCUAUGUAAACUCCUUAUAUACACUUAGAUACCACAGUUUAUUUUUAUGUGUUCUUAUUUACCAUGUACAAUUUAUUAUAAUUCGUUCUUUACGGUGCGUAUGGACAUAACACUCUACUCAGGACGUCAUUCUCUUGUGAGUUCACCAUGCAGUUUAUUCUACAAGCAUAAUGCACAAGUAUAAAAAUUACGCUAGUCAAUUAGUUUUUCGUUCUUUUAACGUGUGUUUUAGAAAAAAAGUCACUUAAUAAAACGUUUCGAGAUAGUGUGUUUGUUGUUAUUUAAGGCUAUGAAUAAUUUGUGGAAUUCACUUAUGAGACGAAGGUCUAACUACUUUAGCUACUUUCCUAAAACAGCGUUUUACUUUUUUGUGUGUUUUAUAUCACUGUGCUAAUGUUUUUGUUAUUUAUGUGCAGAAUAAAACAUUUUUAUCUCAUUAGAAUACUGUUUUUCCUGUAAAAAAACAUUUUUUUUAAUGUUGCACCAAACUUGUAAUUUUGCUUGUAGAUGUACUGUAGUUUACUGGUGUUUUCCAAAUUAACUAGUGAUGAGAUAACGGCUUUUUAAACAAACUGUAGAAAACAUCCAUAUCAUUUUGAUACAAUUGAUUCGAGAUUUCUUCAUUUGAGUACGGUGCAAAUUUUUGUGAGGAGAGAGUUUGAAUGUCUUCCAUUUUUGUGUUUAUAUUUUAUGCUUCGUCUAAUCACCACUGUACUAAAAUUUAACGACAUCGCUUAUCAUAAUUGUGAAAUGAAAAUUA